AUGUCGAGUACUGAGAAAGACGGAAUGUUUGUCGUGACGCCAUUUGUCAACGCCACCCACGACCAGACGUUCAGAGGGUCCUUUGGUCCCGCGACGUCACCUCCUGUGAGGUAUUUCGUCAUCACUGACCUACUUCUCAUCAUCAAAAUAAUCCGCGCCGUCUCCUACGCCAUCACCACCUUCGGCAUCCUCAGCAACAUCUGCAACAUCAUCGUCUUCGUGGGACUCGGCGUGCUAGAAACGGCAACGUCCCUCACACUGUUCGCCCUGUCCAUCUCCGAUCUCUCGUUCCUCCUUAUUCUGCUCAUGUACUGGACCCUCCUGUUUCUCGUCAACCUCGGCGUGACGCAGACCGUCGAGGCAGUCUCAGUGGAAGAUUUGGCGUACCAGUUCUUGUUCUAUUUCCGAAUGGUGUACACGUUAUCGGAACUGUUCACUGUUUAUCUCGCCGUGCAAAAAUGCUGCUGCGUGGCUUUGCCUUUUCAUUUCAAACUGAUCUUCACUCCUGCCAAAGCUCUGGCAACCUUGUUCACUAUGGUGAUCGUUGUCUUUGCCUGUUAUGCUCCUCUUUUCUUUACUACGGGGUUACAAGAGAUUGUAGACAUGACACAGAACACCACACGAUAUAUUAUUUGGUUUUCAGAAGACAGAGAGAUUAUCACAAACAUCUUUCAUAACAUUGUGAACCUUCUGGUCCCCACAGCGGGUCAAGUUAUAGUGGCAGUGUGUUUGGUUGUCUUAACUCGGAAACUACGAAAAACCACCAAGUUCCGACAAGCUUCCGAGAAAUUUGAGUCAAAGGAUGACGGAUCAAAGGUCGGUGAGUCAAAGGUCGACGAGUCAAAGGUGAAAGGAUCAAAGGUCAAGGACUCGAGCAAACUGUCCGGGAAAGAGUUACGUGCAGUGCAGUCUGUGGUCGUUCUUGUGGUCAUGUUCAUCGUCUGCAACCUGCCCACAGUACUCACUCAGUACGUCAGUUAUAUCGAGCCGGAGUUUAACGACUUCCGGUGGUACGGCACCAUUUACGCCCUCGUGGGCCAGCUCAGGAUGUGUCUCAUGGUGUGCUGCUCGUCUUUCAACGUCUUUGUUUACUUCACGUUCAACUCCAGCUACAGACAGCAGGCGAUACGCCGGCGGCGUCCAACACGCAUGUGA